AUGAUGAUUUUUGCUUACGAUAAACUUGGGAUAAUUGUCACUGAUCGAGUUCCAAUUGGCAGUAGUGUAACCGGGGAUUACUACAAAACAUUCCUUGCCAAAAAAUUGCGACCAGAAAUCCGUAAAAAGCGACCAGGAAAGGAACAAAAUGGUGUGUCCAUAUUGCACGAUAAUGCGCGGCUGCAUAUCGGAGCACCAGUCGUCGCUCUUUUGGAGAAAUAUGGAUGGGAACGCCUCAAACACCCACCGUAUUCGCCGGAUUUAAGUCCCCCGGACUUUGAUUUAUUUCCAAAACUGAAGGAACCACUUAGAGGGAUCCGUUUUCCCAACUUAGAUAUUGUAUUUAGUUUAAAAUAA